AUGCCAAAAGUGAAAAGUGCCCCCAAGGGUAAAAAAAUAACCCUUACAGCUGCUAAGAACUCCAUACGAAUUACAUUUGAUGGUCGUCGAAGGUUGGAUCUGUCUAAGAUGGGAAUUGCAGUCAUUCCUAAAUGCUUGUUGAAGCUCUGUGAUGUGGAAGAGCUGGAUUUAAGUCGAAAUAUAAUACAGAAGGUGCCUAAUUGGAUACAGCGUUUUCAGAAUCUUCGUUUCUUGGAUCUGCAUAGCAAUCAGAUUGAGAAACUUCCAGAAUCUAUAGGACAGCUUCAAAAUCUUCUUCAUCUUAAUGUUAGCAACAACAAGCUGACAGCAAAGGGUGUCCCGAUGGAACUGUGCCAGCUUAAGAAUCUUCGGCAACUUAAUCUUGGCCUUAAUGCUAUUGAUGUUCUACCAAAUACAAUAGGUGCCCUUAAAGAACUCAAAGAGGUAGGUCUUUUUGAUAACAAUUUUACUACAGUGCCCCCCAGCAUCCUUAAAUUGCCAAAAUUAAAGAAACUGAACACCAAGAGAAAUCCCAUAUUGCCAACAAAAGAACAACUGGAGGCAGAACAACAGGAGGCCAUUCAACGUGUUGCAAAUCUCUAUCUUGUAAGUGAGAAGAAUUUGUGCAGCCCCUGUGUCACUAAGUGUCAAGCUGAAAGAAGCAAGCAGAAUAAACUGAAUAAUAUCGUGAUUCCUAUGUUAAAGAAACCUCUCUUCACAAAUGUGCUAACUUCAAAUUCAAUAGCCAAAGAAAUCCAAGAUUAUUAA